AUGGCGGAGUGCUCCCGGGGCUCCUCCGCGCUCCUCAAGGCUCCCCGGUGCUCCCCGCGGUGCUCGCGGUGCUCCCCGCGGUGCUCCCGCAGCCGCCGCAGCCGCCGCAGACGCCGCAGAGGCCGCCGCGGGCCAGGUAGGGCGCCGCGCAGGCGCGCUGCGGCGCGGGGGCGGGGCCCCCGGGAGCUCCGCCCACUGCGCGCGGAGGCCACGCCCCCGCCCCGACGCACGACCCACGCGGCGGCGACAAAGCGGCGGCUGAAGGGAAGGAGCGCGGGGGGGGGGAAUGGCGGCGCCCCGGCGGGCCACGCCCCCCGACGCAGGUGCGGAGGCCACGCCCCCCCGCCCCCGCCCGACGCGGCCGCUGAGGUAAUGGCGGCGCCUGGGCUGGACACGCCCCCUACUCGCGGAGGCCACGCCCCCGACGCAGGUCCGCAGGUGAUGGCGGCGCCUGGGCCACGCCCCCCGACGCGAUGCGGCAGAUACAGGCAGGUAAUGGCGGCGCGUGAGCCACGCCCCCUUACGCACGGGGGCCACGCCCCCCGACGCGCUGCGGCAGAUACAGGCAGCCAGGUAAUGGCAGCGCGUGAGCCCCGCCCCCUGGACCUGCCCGCUGGCCACGCCGCGUCCUCCACGCCUUGGGGGCGGAGCCAAGGACGAGCCAGGGCGCUCACUGCACGGGACUUCCGGGUUCUGGGCGCAGACUUCCGGUCUCGUGCUUCCGGCUUCCGGUGUCCGGCGUGCCAACUUCCGGACUCCGACUUCCGGUCCCUGUUUCCGCACUCCUGCUUUGGGAACGUGGCUUCCGGUUUCCGGACUGAGACUUCCGGCUUUCCGACUCCCUGUUUGAGCCCCUGGGACGUCAUCAAACCGCGCCGCUACCGAUCCCGCAGCCGCUCCGCCUCCUUAUUGUUGCGACCCGAGCCUCCGCUGCGCGCUACCACCUCGCGCUGUGACUUCCGGGCGCCGCUUCCGGUCUCUCUUUCGCGUUCCGACUCCCGACUUCCGGUCUCGGCACCGCGAUUCCCGUUCCGCCACACCCACUUCCGCACUCUGGCACCCCCCCCGCGCUCACGCCCCGCGCCUGCGCAGGGCGAAAGAGCCCUUUACGUCAUCAGGCCGCGCCUCCCCGAGCCCCGCAGCCGCUCUGCCCGCUUCCUCCAGCGACCUGAGCCUCUGCCGCCCGCAGCCUUGAACCCAGAACCAAGCGUCUCCUCCUUCGCGUCCGUACCGACCGCCCUCCCCGCCUCGCCCACAGCCCCAGAGUGUCCCCCAUCUCCUUCUCCUCCAUCUUCUCCAUCUCCUCCUCCUCCAUCUCCUCCAUCUCCUUCCUCAUCUCCUCCUGCAUCUUCUCCAUCUCCUUCCUCAUCUCCUCCUCCAUCUCCUUCCUCAUCUCCUCCUCCAUCUUCUCCAUCUCCUUCCUCAUCUCCUCCUCCAUCUCCUCCAUCUCCUUCCUCAUCUCCUCCUCCAUCUCCUUCUCCUCCAUCUUCUCCAUCUCCUUCCUCAUCUCCUUCUCCUUCUCCUCCAUCUUCUCCAUCUCCUUCCUCAUCUCCUCCUCCAUCUCCUUCUCCUCCAUCUCCUUUCUCAUCUCCUCCUCCUCCUCCUCCAUCUCCUCCUCCAUCUCCUUCCUCAUCUCCUCCUCCAUCUCCUCCAUCUCCUUCUCCUCCAUCUCCUCCACCUCCUUCCUCAUCUCCUCCUCCUCCUCCAUCUCCUCCUCCAUCUCCUCCAUCUCCUUCUCCUCCAUCUUCUCCACCUCUUUCUCCAUCUCCUCCAUCUCCUUCUCCUCCAUCUCCUUCUCCAUCUCUUUCUCCAUCUUCUCCAUCUCCUCUUCCAUCUCCUCCUCCGUCUCCUCCAUCUUUGUCUCCAUCUCUUCCUAUAUCUCCUUCUCCAUCUCCUCCGUCUCCUUCUGUCUCUUUCAUCUCCAUCUUUUCUAUCUCCUCCAUCUCCUUCAUCUCUCCUCCAUCUCCUUCUCCGUCUCCAUCUUCUCUGUCUCCUCCUCCAUCUUCUCUCUCUCCUCCUCCAUUUCCUUCUUCAUCUCCUCUAUUUCCAUCUUCUUCUCCGUCUCCAUCUCCUUCCCCAUCUCCAUCUUCUCUGUCUCCAUCUUCUCCUCCAUCUUCUUCUUCUCUUCCAUCUACUCCAUCUCCUCUUCCAUCUCCUCCUCCGUCUCCUCCAUCUCCUUCCCCAUCUCCUUCAUCUCCUCCAUCGUUUCUGUCUCCUCCAUCUUCUUCUCCAUCUCCUCCAUCUCAUUCCCCAUCUCCUUCUCCCAUCUCCUUCCUCAUUUUUUCUUCCAUCUCCUCCCCCGUCUCCUUCAUCUCCACUAUCUUCUUCCCCAUCUCCUCUUCUUUGUACUCCAUCUCCUUCUCCAUCUUCUCCAUCUCCUCUUCCAUCUCCUCCGUCUCCUCCAUCUCCUCUUCCAUCUCCUCCUCCGUCUCCUCCAUCUCCUCUAUCUCCUUCCCGAUUUCCUCUUCCAUCUACUCCAUCUCCUUCUCCAUCUCUCCUCCCUCUCCUCCAUCUCCAUCUCCUCUUCCAUCUACUCCAUCUCCUUCUCCAUCUCCUCCAUCUCCAUCUCCUCCUCCAUCUCCUCCGUCUCCUCCAUCUCCUCCAUCUCCCUCCCCAUCUCCUUUUCCAUCUACUCCAUCUCCUUCUUCGUCUCCUCCUUCUCCAUCUCCUCCAUCUCCUUUUCCUCCUCCCAUCUUCUCUUCCAUCUACUCCAUCCUCAUCUCCUCCGUCUCAUUCCCCAUCUCCUCCUCCAUCUCUCUCCAUCUCUUCUAUCUCCUCCUCCAUCUCCUCUUCCAUCUACUCCAUCUCCUUCUCCAUCUCCUCCUCUUCCAUCUCCUCCUCCAUGUCCUCCUCUAUGUCCUCCUCCAUUUCCUUUCCCAUCUCCUCUUCCAUCUCUUCCAUCUCCUUUCCCAUCUCCAUCUCCUCCUCCAUCUCCUUCCUCAUCUCCUCCUCCAUUUCCUUCCCCAUCUCCUCUUCCAUCUCCUCCAUCUCCUUCUCCAUCUCCUUCCUCAUCUCCUCUUCCAUCUACUCCAUCUCUUUCUCCAUCUCUCCUCCCUCUCCAUCUCCUCCUCCAUCUCCUCUAUCUCCUCCUCCAUUUCCUCCUUCAUUUCCAUCUCAUUUCCUCCUCCAUCUCCUUCCCCAUCUCCUCCUCCAUCUCUUCCAUCUCCUCCUCCAUCUCCUUCCCCAUCCCCUCUUCCAUCUCCUCCUCCGUCUCCUCCUCCAUCUCCUCCUCCAUUUCCUGCUCCAUCUCCUCCUCCAUCUUCUCUUCCAUCUCUUCUUUCACCUCCUCCUCCAUCUCCUCUUCCAUCUCCUCUUCCAUCUCUUCCUCCAUCUCCUUCCUCAUCUCCUCUUCCAUCUACUCCAUCUCCUUCUCCAUCUCUCCUCCCUCUCCAUCUCCUUCUCCAUCUCCUUCCCCAUCUCCUCCUCCAUUUCCUCCUCCAUCUCCUCCUCCAUCUCCUCUUCCAUCUCUUCUUCCACCUCCUCCUCCACCUCCUCCUCCAUCUCCUUCCCCAUCUCCUUCUCCACCUCCUCCUCCUUCUCAAUCACCUUCUCCUCCUUCGUCACCUCCUCUUCCAUCUCCCUCUGGCACCGCGGCGCCCAGUGCCACCUUGGGGUUCAGGCGGGUCCUCCUGGGCACCCCCGACCCUGACCCCCUCCCUCUCUCUCUCUCUCUCUCUCUCCCCCCUC